AUCGCGUUCUGUCUUUCUAGCGUUCUUGAUCUUUCUCGUUAGGGUUUGCAAUGGCGAUUGCUUCUUCUGCAUUUCCAUCCAGCAUAUCCGCUUCUUUCUGUUAUUCGAGGUCCGAGCCUGCUCGCUUCGUUCGCUUUCCGUCGAUUACUGUGUCAUUGACCGCUCUGAAACAAUAUCCAUCUCGGUUCAGUUUGAAUUCCUCGAAGCCCUCUGGCACCGGCGGUUCCGUCUCUCCCGGCGAUGAAGAUCUCGAGUACGAGCUCCAGCACGGAUUCGCACCCCCGCAACGGCGAAAAGGAGCCUCUGUCUUUGUUAAACUUCCAGUUGACGCGUCGAGUAUGAUUGGGAACUCCGAGGGCCGGAAGAAGCUAGUGUUUUCGCUGAAGGCGCUCACUGCAGCUGGCGUGGAAGGUGUGGUCAUGGAGGUCUGGUGGGGAUAUGUUGAGGACACGCCAGAGAACUAUGAUUGGCGAGCGUAUUUGGAUUUAGUGGCCAUGGUUCGAGAUUGCAAAUUGAAGGUUCGAGCGGUUAUGGCGUUUCAUCAGUGGCGCACUGAGCCCGCUGAAUCCCGUGAAUCUUUGUGGUUGGUCCUUUGUCUUUGCUCUUUUUGA